AUGGCUGGUGGAGCGGCAGCAGUAAUUACGCGGGGGAGCGCGUUGCUGAAGGAAGGAGAAGGGCGGUCAGCCGGUUUUCACGGAUACCUCUUGUCUCGCACCCGACUCGUGUACACACGCUAUCAUAAUUCCCCUCCACAAGAAGUUAUCCGUCCCGGACCACGGUAUCGAAGAAUCUCUUUGCUGCGUGUUAUGUACAAGGUAUUGGAGCGGAUUAUCCUGGAACGACUAAUUAAACAUCGCGGAGAAACAACGCGAGACGAGCAAGCUGGCUUUCGUCCUGCCCGAUCUACGAUUGAGCAGGUGUUCAUCGUCAUGAGAGUGAUCGAAAUCUGGAAGUGGUAUUCGAAGCCAAUGCAAUUAGCGUUUCUCGACUUUGAAGCCGCGUUCGACUUUCCUCACCAGGGUCAUCCUCUCAACGAGCUCCACACAGAUGAACUACCAGGAAAGCUCGUUCGCUUGCUUGAUGACAUGAAUCAACGAACAACUGUUGCAGUUCCAACACCAGCCGGAUGUACAACACCAUUUGAAGUGGUAACUGGAGUAGGACAAAUGGCAGUGGCAGGAUCCUUCCUGUUCUAUUCCGCAAUCGACGGCAUCAUGCGAAGAACAGUAGAUCAGUGUCCUGCCAAUAUCAUUCUAGCACCAUCAGGACGCCCCUUGACCGAUUUCGAGUACGCUGACAAUGUUGUUAUAUACGCGGAAAGAAGUACGAAACUUCAACAUGUUGUCAACCUUGUAUCGAAUCUGGCUACAGCUUAUGGACUGCGUCUACGCCUUGGUAAAUGCAAGCAGAUGUGA